UUCAAAAGAAUCGGAGCAAAGAUGGACUCCUAAGAAAUUUUUAUACACACCAGUCAUUCGACUUUGGAUUUUCUUCAUUAAAUUUUCUUGAAACGUUCGAGAUUAUUCUUAUAUGACCAAGUCUGCCGUGUGAACGAUGAUUGUACAGGAACCAGUGCAGGCGGCCAUAUGGCAUUGUUUAAAUCAUUAUGCUUAUCCAGAUGCAAUAUUUUUAGCAGAAAGGUUGUGUGCAGAAGUUGACUCAGAGGAAACUUUAUUUCUUUUGGCAACAUGUUAUUAUAGAUCAGGGCGAGUUAGACAAGCUUAUGCACUACUUUCCAAGAAAGCUCCAAAUUCUGCACAAUGCAGAUUUCUUUUAGCCAAAUGUUGUUAUGAUUUAGAGAAAUAUGCAGAAGCAGAAGCUGUGAUAAUUGGGGGAUACUAUAAACAGUUAAAAAACCUGGAAGAAAUAGUAACUCAAUUUGGAGAACAUGCAUGCUUCUCGCUUCAGAUUAUAGCAAAGAUUUAUUAUAAGAUGAUGCGUACAGCAAAGGGAAAUGAUGCGCAUAAAUUGGCUUUGAAGUUAAAUCCAUUUCUUUGGCAUUCAUUUGAGGAAUUAUGUAAUGUUGGUGAAGUAGUAGAUCCUACAAAAAUUUUUCAGUUAGAUAAAUUAGAUAAUUUUGCAAUGUGCCAUGGUAGUACACCUACUCCCAUUUAUGCAACUGAAUCUGAUCUCAUUGUACCUACAAAUAAUUCAAAUGGUACACCUACAAAUGGGACUACUGUUACCCCUGCACAAAUCACAAUGGCAUCAACUAUAAUUAAUGGCGUUGGACCUGGUAUACGAUUAUAUUCUCCUGUAGAUGAAAGUCCACAAAGUUUACCUACACAUUAUAAUAAUUGUCCUUCAAUAUCACCAAGAGCUAAACUUCCACGGUAUCGUAGUAUGUUCAAUAAUACAAUGAGCCCCCUUACUCCAAGUUUUGGUAUUCUACCAUUGGAAAGCAAUACACCCGAACCAACAGUUUUACCUUCACAUACUACUCUUACAGAAGCUAAUGAUCAGAAAAGUCUAGCAAAACGUGUUAGCAGUUUAAGGGCUCACGUAGGGCAAUUAAUGUCAAGGAAGGAAACUCCUUUACAGCAAGGGAAACCGGUAUUUUCACAAUCUGGAAAUACAAGUAAUAACGCUAAUAUCGUAACAGCUACACCUACUACUCCAACACCAGCUCCACCAACACUGCAAGGUACCAAUGUUAGACGUUCCUCAAGGCUCUUCAGUCACAGCUAUUCAGUCAAGGAAAAUAAUAAAUCUCCAAAUAGAAAUAAAUUUGCAACUCCAAAGUCUCCGUCUCGCAAAACAAAAGCUAGACUUUCAAAAACUAACUUAAAUAAAGCUAACUUUAAUGAAUUAAAUGAGAGAAAUCGAAAUGAAAAAGAAAAAACUGAAACAAUUACAUCAGAAAAAGCUGUAGCUAGUGUAAAUGCAUUAAACAAUCAAGGUAGUACUAAUGUCUGUGCAGUAACACUCCAGAAACAAUGUGCUGAGGGUUUAAUGUCAUUGCUACAAGAAUUAGGAGAGGCAUAUCAACAUUUAAGUCAAUUUAAUUGUACCCAAGCUGUUGAAAUAUUAAGUGUUCUUCCAGCACGACAUUAUAAUACAGGAUGGGUAUUAUCUAUGUUAGCUCGUGCACAUUUUGAAAUGGUAGAUUAUAAAAAAGCUGCUAGUUAUUUUGCUGAAGUGAGGCAGUUGGAACCUCAAAGGACUGAACUUAUGGAAAUUUAUAGUACAGUUUUAUGGCAUUUACAUGCUGAAGUGCAACUGUCUACUCUAGCACAAGAACUUGUUUCUGAAGAUCGUAAUUCUCCAGCAGCUUGGUGUGCUACAGGAAAUCUGUUUUCUGCACAAACUGAGCAUGAAACGGCAAUUAAAUUCUUUCAAAGAGCUAUUCAAGUAGAUCCCAAUUUUCCAUAUGCCUACACACUGCUUGGUCAUGAGUAUGUUCUUACAGAAGAAUUGGAUAAGGCAAUUACUGCAUUUCGUAACGCUAUCAGACUUGAUCCUAGGCAUUAUAAUGCAUGGUUUGGAUUAGGGACAAUAUUCUCUAAACAGGAACAAUAUAGUCUAGCAGAAUUGCAUUUUCAACGUGCUUUACAAAUUAGUCCACAGAAUUCGGCAAUAAUGUGUCACAUUGGUGUUGUGCAACAUGCACUGAAAAAAACUGAUGAAGCUUUAAAGACUCUGAAUACUGCAAUCGCAAAUGACCCUGAUAAUAUGUUAUGCAAAUUUCAUCGUGCAAGUAUCAACUUCUCAAUUGGUCGGCAUGCGGAAGCACUUAGGGAAUUUGAGGAAUUAAAAAAUAUUGUACCCAAAGAAUCUCUAGUCUAUUAUUCAAUAGGGAAAGUACAUAAAAAGUUGGGUAAUACCGAUCUUGCACUAAUGUACUUUAGUUGGGCGACGGACUUAGAUCCAAAGGGUGUUAAUAGUCAAAUGAAAGAAGCUAUAUUAGGUCCAGGUCAAGGAGACGAAGAAUCUCCAGCGACUCAAUCAGACGAACAGCAGAUGCAGAGUAAUUCGAUGGAACAAGAGAUUGAUACUAGUAGAGAAGCAAGUGCCGCGAGGCUCGCCGCAAAUGUCUCAGUUGAAGCUCAUGCCGAUGAUAGCGACGAUAGUUUAUGAAGAUAUCCUAUUGUGUGCAAGAUUGCUAUAAAAUGAAGCAUUAUUGCGCGUCAUCAUUUACUUUUGUAUUGAUCGAUACGAUCAAUUUUUCAACUAAUUUAGCUCAUUGUGGAUCCAUACUUUCGCGUGCACUCGUCAAUUUUGUCUGAGCAGUGCUAUUAUUAUCUUUAAUAUUUAUAUCGUUUCCGUAGACUUUUAAUAGUGCUACGUCUUUUUGAGAAGCUAAAAAGUAAGCUAAAAGCUAUUCUCUGAGUCGUUUAUUUUUUAUUACAUUUGUCGGAAAGGAAAGAAGGUACUUUUGGAUGAUCGAUAGUUUUUGAGAGAAUGUGUGUGUGUGUGUGUGUGUGCGCGCGCGCGCACUUGCGAGUGAGUGAGUGAAUGAAAGAGAAAGAGACAAAAGAGGAAAGCACGAGAAAGAGGGAGGGGGAGAGAGAGAGAAAGAGAGGGAGGGAGCGUGAGAGAGGUUCAGCAAUAUCUAUUUCAUCGAUCUUGUACAUUACGCGUUUCACUGUAUAUUUUUUACGAUUGCUUGUCUUACUUUUAUACAUAUAUAUAUGUUCGAGUGUUUAAUGAUUUUCAUUAAGGAUUGAGUACAGACUGUAUUGCGUUGAAGUAUGAGCGAGUGUAAACGUAAGCAUGUCGUAAGUAGAUAGGAAAUAUAAUUAAUUAACUGAGUAAAUAAGUAUGGAAAAGUGUAAAUGUAAAUUAUUAUUACUAUAUUAUCACCAUUAGUGCUACAAGUACUAUUAUUCAUAUAAUUACCGUUGCUGAUUUAGUGAUCAUGAAAACAAACAAACAAUAAAAAGAAUAUUUUUGGCCAUGUUAGUGGUCAUUGGACGAUCGUGCAAUUCUCGUCGUGAAGUAAUCACCGUUGGAUUGAUCUUGGAAUUGGUUUCAUCAUGGAUAGAUUGUUUUGUGCGCGAUGUAAUGCACUGUUGUGCAAUGGGUAAUAAUAAUUCUAGACAAAAAGAAAGAACACGCAUGCCAUCUUUAAUUUCUCAUAUUAUAAUUAUGGUACUGUGAAAACUUUGAAUGUUAUAUGAAGAUUACCUUCCACUAUCUAUCUAAUCUAAACAUUACUUAGAUUGACAUUACAUCAAUGAGUUCUCUUGGUAUAAAUACGAAAAUGGACACAGACAAGGUGAUAGCACACUUGAAAAAUAUAAACUAAUAUUUCAUAUUACAUAAGUUAUAAAUACAAAAGUAUAUAAAUAACAUAGUUAUAGAUGUUUUUAACGAUGUGCAGAGGCUCCAUGGUUCUCAAUUACUUCAGUCAUCUUGAUUGAUAAGGAUUUAUACAAGACUUUAAUUGUGCAUUGGGAAAUAUUUUCCAAUUCUUUUCUAUUGCAGGAUUUUGAAUCGUGCAAAUCUUCGAAUUGUCUGCCUUCUGUGUAGGUAGCUCGUGAUAGCAAUCUGCAACAGUUCUCAAUGAUUUCGAGGUUUGAGGAGCACGCUGGCCAUCGAAGAACGGAAAUUUUUUCCUUUGAAAAAUAUUCUUGAAUAACUUUUGCCGUAAGCACAGCAGCAUUAUCUUGCUGGAACAUAUAUUCUGGUUUAGCAAUUUAUUCUGCAUACUUGUCAAUGUGACUUUUUAUUAAUUGCAGGUAAAUUGUACAAUUCAUUUUUCCUUCUACAAAACUGAUUUCCUUUUAAUCCGAUGCCAGGUCAGAAAAUUUUUCUUAAUGGUUCUUUUCGAAUUCUUCUCGAUAAUAGUGCGAACAUACGAGUGGACCAUCCAAGUUGAACCGUUUCUCAUCGAUAAAGAUAACUUUUCUUCAGUGUACAUGUUUCUCCGCAGAUGCCAGUCGUCCUUUCUUAUGUUUCGUUGUUAAUCGCCUGUAUUUUUGUCCAAUCUAUAAUUGUUUGUGGCACACGACACACGUUUUGGCUGUUAGUUUCCAUCCUAGCUUCGCGAAUGAUUUCUCUUGUAGUGGUACAAUAGUUUGCGAUGCAGUGCGGAGUAUUGUCCUUGUCUCGCGUUAAGAUAGUGCUGCUAGUCUUCCAUUAGCAUAGGUAUCUUUUUACCAUAGGCAUUUUAUAUCUUUUAAUAAAUUAUAAAUGACUUUGAUCGAUUUCCAUCGUUAUAUCUGUAAUCGUUAGUCUCCGCCUUUUUAAAGCGAGAGUCGUGUUUAUUUCAUUGUUACUCAACCUUUUACUACGGCUCAUUGUGAAAAUAUCGAUUUUACAAAGAACGCCUUAAUUGCCUGAAAUCUCGCGAGAUACCGAAAAGAAUGUAAAUAUACUUUAAGCACGCUACCAUUUUGUCAGGUCUCCAUUUUAUAUUUCUACCAUUAUACAUAUCGCAGAUCUAAGUUAUGUUUACGUAUUCGUUGAAGAUAGUCUUCCCACAACGUUCAAAGUUUUUGCGCUACGAUAAUCUUAAUACGAGAAAUUAGAGAUGGCACGCGUGUACUAUCUCUUAGUCUAAGAGCGUAGGUCUAAACGAUUCUGAGGACCAUAAGCGAGUCGGAAGUCAUUUUUCCCUACUCGCGAGUGUUCAUCAAAAUAUCCUGAAAGUCUAUGUCAUAUAUUUACCAAUGACAGACCCAGUUAUUGUUCUGAAUGAAGUAUACGUUAUACGAUCACGAACUUUUUGCUGUACAGUAGUUAACGAUCACUUUUAAUUCUGGUGUGCCUUAAACAUAUCCAACUUGUUUCUCCCUUGUGUCACACAAACUUCAUAUUAUCUCGGUUAAAUGUUAUAUUGAUUCUUAUACUUCGAUGAGCGUUGGAAACACGUGUUUCUAACGAUCACUUUGUUCGGAAUAAGUUGGGUGAUCUAAUACGUAAACACAUGUCAUAGACUUUUCGGUGGUGUUCAUCUGUCGGAAUAUUAUUUAAUUGUAUGCGACAAGAAUCCCUUUAUCACGAUAUGAUACGGUAUGCACGACGGUAUCUGGUGUUCAUGUUCAUAAGAAAAUAUAUGUGCCGUAUAUUAGGCGCGUUAACGAUACGUUAUUGUGUUACCAGAUUCUACGUAAAGGUAUGCAUUCUAAUGACGACAAUGAUUUCUGAUAUGUGCUGCAUGAAAAAUUGCACGAGAAGGUCGUAGCAUUUUAUAUUGUAUACAUUCGAAGGAAAGAGAGAUAACGAAAAAGGAUAGACGAAUUGCCGACUGAAAUCUGUAUAUAUAUAAUAUAUAAGCAUAGGUAUAUGUGAUGCGGCAUCUCGUCCCAUUAAUUUUUUCAAUUUAAGCACAUCCCACAUUUUUUUUUCUUGUUUUUUUUUUUGUUCUUUUACAAAUUAUCGUUUAUUCGUUUGUCGAAUUUCCCUUGUAAAUGUAGUUUCGAACAAUGAUUUAUUAAUAUUCCCGGUGGACUGAAGACGACUGUAUAUUUCUUAUUUUCUGUUUUAUUCUUAGAUUUAUAAUUCCUGUACAAAGUUGAGAAACGAUGAAUUUUAUAGCGUUCAGAAGCAUCGUGAAAAAAGACACGAAACUCGGGCUGUUUUUUCUUUUCUUUCUUGUUAGUUUGUAAUGUAUGUAUUUCUUUUUCUAUUUUGUGUAAAGAGGGAGAUGCAAAAGAAUUACGUUGAGAUUUGUAAGUAUAAUACAAAAUUAUCGCGCGCGUAAUUCAACCAAAGAGAAUUUCUACGACGAGGCUGACAAGCUCUUUAAUUGAAGAAAAUCAUUCGACAAUUUUAUCGGCUUCGAAUUCAGAUACGCUUGAUCAUUUUGAUUUUCAUUACGAUAAUUUUCUUCUUCUUUCUUUUUCUUCGUUUCAUUUUAUUUAUUUAUUCGUUUAUCGUUCUCAAACGAUUUUUUCCUCUGCAUACCCGAUGAAACGAAAGUAACACGACUGUCCGAGUGAAUGAAUAAUCGAAGCUUCUUCCCUUUGACUUAUCCUCGACUGUUGCCUACAACUCAUCGAUACGCUUUUUAGUUGUAAGGUACAGAUAAGAGGGGGAAAUAGAGAAAGAGGAAAGUAACAACGUCGUACAAACGGAUUAACGUUCUACGAAAUUGUAUAAACGGCUCGUUACGAAACGUUUCAUUUCUUCGCCGUGUGUUUUUGCUUUGCCUAUCCAAGUCUUGUAAUAGCAGUUCGACAGAGGCGAAAGUUGCAGUAAUUUCGAGGAACUUUGUCGUGUUACUCGUUACGAAAGAUGUAUGUGCAAAAUAAAGGCCUGCACUUUGUAUAAAGCGUUACUUUCUUUCUAAUCUCCGAUAUCGUAAAAUGGGGGCUAAUAAUAAUAAAGGGAUACUUAGAAUAAAAGUAACAAAUAAUUCGUUUGUAACGAUUCGUAAGACAUUGUUAGACAAAGAUCAUCUAUUUUUAUGUUUCUCAACAGGAAAAGGAAAGAAAAUUGCAUUUUUUUAUGCGAACACUGUAUUCUGAGAAUUUUUUCAUAUUAGACGUGGCGAUCAGUUUUCGACCAAACGCGAUGAUAUUAAACUAACUGAAAACGCUGAAGUUUUUGCGAGACGUAGACCGAUAUGGCACGAAGAAUUUGCCAAUGACGAGAAUAUGAAUUUGCAUAAAUAUCCCCGGUCCGAUCGUACGAUUCUGCGUUUCGAAAAUUUCGCUAGUUUUAGUUCACUCGAUAUUACUGCGUUUUAUCGAAGAAUUACUCUACGAUCGACCAGUUAGUUUUGCAAAUAAAAUUUGUCAAAACCGAGGCUUCUGUUCGGAGAAGGAACGAAGUUAUAAAUAUGUGUAAACUUAUUCGUAGCCUUGUUCCUUUUCUUCGGCUUCAUCCGUGGAAAUGAUACGAGAAACAAUUUGACAAACAAAUAUGAAUUUUAAUAUCGAACGAGCGAACACUGUUUAUAUAUAAUUAUGUGAUAUCGGUUGAAUCAUUUAGCAGAAAAUUUUUUAUCGAUUAUUAUUAGUCAAAUUCUCUAAGAUAUCAUUGCUCGUACGUAAAGAGCAAAGUCUGUCCGCUCGGAAAUUUUUAAAAUGUAUUUAUCCGUUAUUAUAAGUUAGACAAGGAUCUUACGAGAAUAUCGAUUGAAUUUUUUCUUUUAUAAUGAUAAUAACGAACUAUGAUUCUAUGUGUUGCGAGUGCGGAAAUACUGGAAAUUACAUUAUUGUAUAAAAAUAACGAUUCUGUCUUAUAGAGAUAAUGUAUAUGUAAAAAAUUAAUUAAUUAAAAUAAUUGAAACUAAA